AAAGAGCUAGGGUUCGGGUGGGGGUGGGAGGUAGGGAGAGAGCCGGGCUGGGGACGGGCAAGCACAGACAUGUAUGAAUCAAUGAAUAAUAAAGCACACUGAAUAAAGAGCAGCUGGGCCGCAGCGGAGGGGGCGACUCCGCCCCGACAAUAACAUAAAUCAGCAGCGCCGCCUGUGAGCCCCGGCAGAGGCGCCGAGCCUCCGAGGGGGGGAAAUCGGCCGGCGAAGGAAGCGGGGACAGGCCGCCCGCCAGGUGCGGGCCGGCGCGGAGCCUGUGCCCGAAGCGGGCCAACGGGCCAUGACAAUGAAGCCAGGCCUGUUAAAGCAGCCGGGCGGGGUGGCCGAGGCCGAGAAGCGGGCGGCGACGGCAAGCGAGCACGAUGGCGGAGAGGCCGUGGGAUCCGGCGGGGAGAACCCGACCAAAGGCGGUCGAAAGGUGAACGGCAGCGAGCACGGCAAGAUGGCGAAGGGAGUGCGGACGGCUUGGGCUCGAGCAGCGGCCGUGCCCAGUGCAGAAGGUGGCGGCGACGGUGGCGGACGGGGACCUGGCGAGAGUAUAGCUCCAGUUCCCGGCUUGGAGGCCUUAUACUGGGGUAAAGUGAAGAAGCAGCAACAGCCGCCGUCAUCACAACAGCAACCGCUACAGCAGGGCCCGAGCCAGAGCGCCCGCCUCAAACAGAUCGUCCUGCUGCAGCUCGACCUUAUUGAGCAGCAGCAGCAGCAACUCCAGCUCAAAGAGAGGGAGAUCGACGAGCUGAAGGCAGAGAAAGAGACGCUUCUGGCUCGUCUUGAGCGCAUGGAAAGGAGGAUGCAGCUGGUGAAAAAAGAGAAUGAUAAGGACAAGCAUCGAUUCAUUCCCGCGGUGGAUGGGAAUGAGGAGAAGAAUAUAACAGAACCAGAGAAAAUCCAGCCAGAACAUCAACAGAUAACCCCUGAACAGCCUCUGGUUCAGGCACAGAUCAAUCAAACAGAAACUCAUUCAGGGAAGGGUUACAAAAGGAAAUCUGUGCUAGGAACAACGGAGAGAAAAGCGCCAGUGAAAAAGCUCGCAGCUGAAUUCUCGAGAGUGCGGACAAAGUUGGCUAAAUCCUCUCAAUUCCGACAGGCCUCAAGUAGCCCCUUACCCGACAAAGUUUCAAAACGAGAACUGCGAAGUAAAGAAACUCCGGAAAAAACUAAAUCUCAGACUGAGGGGGUCCACAAACCUUCGGCAACCAUAAAGACUCCAGGUCUUCCCAUCAGUAAAGACCAGUCUGUAUGUAAUGACAUAGAAGAGGAACCGUACCUCUGUACCACUGAGAUGUACCUAUGUCGGUGGCACCAGCGACCACCCUCUCCUCUUCGAGAACCUUCACCCAAGAAAGAAGAAACUGUAGCAAUACCAUCAUGGAAAGAGCACUCAGCGGAGCCUCUGGUCGACCUGCAGCCCGAUGAAGUACUUGAGAAUUUAGAUGACUCUGUGUUUGCAAAGCGACAUGCAAAACUUGAGCUUGAUGAGAAAAGAAGGAAAAGGUGGGAUAUUCAGCGGAUCAGAGAACAAAGGCUGCUGCAACGUUUGCAACUGAGGAUGUACAAAAAGAAAGGAAUUCAGGAAUCAGAGCCAGAAAUCUUGUCAUUUUUCCCUGAACCAGAUGAUGUGGAAUCUUUGGUAAUUACCCCGUUUCUACCUGUGGUAGCUUUUGGGAGACCUUUACCAAAGUUGUCACAACAGAACUUUGAAUUGCCCUGGUUGGAUGAGCGUAGCAGGUGCAGGAUAGACAUGCAGAAAAAACAGACACCACAUCGAACAUGUCGGAAAUAGAUGCUUCGGACAGAAAUUUGACUUGUAUACUGCCCAACUUAUAAACUGUACUGCAAGCCAGCACUUGGAUGCAAACAGGCAGAGAUCUGGGGGUCUUCGAAAAGACCAUCUGCCUGGGUAUCUUGCUGAGUGUUUAUAUUGGUGUUUAUAAUUGAUCGUCACUAUAUCAAUAACUGAAUAGACUAAUUUCUUGCCUUUAUACUUUUUGCUUCUCUUACUGAAGUGAAAAACUUUUUCUUUUUGUCUGUUGAAUUUUGACAGUUUCUUUUUUGCAAAUUUGGUCAUGUACAGAAAAAAAAUUGAGACCAUGUACAAUAAUCAUGCGCCUUUUUUAAAAGACAUGUAAAGAUGUUGCAAAUAGCCCUGAUUUCUUAGAUUCAGUUAUGUUUUUUUUUCCAAAUAAUACCUGCCUUGAUGUGUUAACCAGGACACACUCUUAAAGUGGUUUCUGUCAUCAGUUUAUUGACCCUAUAGUUCAAACUUGGUAAUCUGGGGCAAUGUUGACUAAUUCAAUGUGCUGUGUUGCUGUUCCUGCUAAACUCUGGAACCUGGGCUAGAAAAUGUUAAGUGGAAGAUGUAAAUAUCUAUCUUCUCAUCUUGAACCACAUGCAGCCUUUCCACUAGGAUUUGGUCCAAACCAGAGACAAACAUCUUGAAACUGAUGAGAAAACAGUAUAAACUAUGGAAAGCAUGCUCUUUCAGCAACUUGUAUUAAUCUGAACCCAAGCAAACAGAUCAAAUUUGAAGUUGCUCAAAAUCUAGACACAACCUCAGGAGUCAGUGGGUGAAUAUGCUGGAAUAGGUGGGGUGGGGAAGGAGGUAAGGGACAGAAAGGAGCAUGUGCAGCAGGUGAAAUACAAGAAAUUCACCGUAGUGGUUGCAAAGAAGACUGAAAAAUCUUGCCACUUUUUGGCUUUACCUCACUGAACUGAGAACCAUUGAAUGAAGCAGUGCGAUGGAUUGCUUUGAUUCAUGCCAUAUCCAGCUUGUCUAAUAUAUCACAAAUCACAGACUGUUAUCCCAGUA